AUCCCAGGGCAGCCCCCACUGUCUGCUUGCUAUGCCCACUCAGCAAUAGCUACCCUGAUACUGCUCGUUCCUUUGCUACCAUGUCGAGGCAGCUCAACAUGGACACCCUGCGGCAAAACUUCUGGAAGGAGGAAUAUCUCAAAGAGAUGAUGUUGCGCUAUGAAUGGCAGCGCAAGUAUGGGACUCUGGUGAAGGCCAAGCAGAAGGCUAAGGCUUCGUCCCGUCUGCCCCUCAAACUGCCCACGCUGAUGCCUAAGGCCACAGUCACACCGCCACCUGCCUCCAAAACAGCCCCAUCUAAAGCCCCCAGCCCUGCCCCAGAGCCUCUUUUUCUGUCAGAAAUGUACCCAGUUCCACCUGACACCAAAGCCCUGCUGUAUGAAGGCAUCUCCCAUGACUUUCAGGGGCGCUACCAGUAUCUCAACACCCGAAAACUGGACCUGCCAGAGACUCGUUAUCUGUUUCCUGUCACUACCAACUUCACAUAUGGCUGGCAGCUGGGCCCUGCAACAAAGCAAGAAAUGGUCUCCUGCAAGAUGUGCCGAAUUGAGUCUUUCUUCCGUAAGAAUGGUGCCUUCGCAUUCCUGGACCCUCGUGAUCUGGCCCUCUGAGCUUGGGCCUGGCAGUGACUUA